AUGAGUUGGAGUCCUAGCAUGGAUGUUCACUACAUGGAGACUAGUUAUCCUUAUAAUUCAGCUGGAAGCUUCAUGGAAUACUUUCAGGGUCUCACAUAUGAACACGUGAAUUUCAUCUUUGAUGGUGGUUGCCAUGCUCAGGACAGUAGCGGUGACAGUUCAAAUUUCUACAAAUUUGGCACUUCGCAACCAGGAGGUACUUCGUAUUGUGAUCCGAGUCACUCUUAUGAAGUCCAUGAUCAUGGACGCGAGAUCGAUGAAUACGUAAGGCCCUUUCUGAGUUCUUCACAAAUGCCUCUUGGCCGGACUGUUGGUAGAAAUGCAGAUUGGGAUAGUCAUGAGAACGCAACUGCCCAUGAAAACCCUAUUGACUGUGUGCGGAGACAUCAUAAUGCUCAUGAUUACCAUGAGGCUGUGUGGCAAGACAGCGUUGAUCCCGACCAUAUGACUUAUGAGGAAUUGCUCGAACUAGGUGAGGCAGUCGGAAGCCAGAGUCGAGGGCUCUCCCAAGAACUCAUCUCUUUGCUUCCUGUCUCUAGAUACAGGCGUUGCAUCUUCGCGAGAAGGAAAUCAAGAACUGAAAGGUGUGUAAUUUGCCAAAUGGAGUACAAGCGAGCUCAGAAGCGCAUCACGCUACCGUGCAAGCACAUCUACCACGCCAGCUGCGGUACUAAAUGGCUAAGCAUCAAUAAGGCAUGCCCCAUAUGUUACACCGAGGUGUUCAGUGGCGCAGCAUCAAACGUCAAGAAAUAA